AUGUCAAACAAUUUUGGUUUUGAAAAAGAUCAAUGUGAAGAUGAAAAAAAUUUCGAUCCUGGUUCUUCGGAUGCCGAUGGAGAAUACAAAUUGGUACUUGUUGUGAGAAAUGAUCUGAAGAUGGCACAAGGAAAAGUCGCAGCUCAAUGUUCUCAUGCAACAUUAGCAUGUUUCCAAAAAGCCUGUGAACGAAUUCCCAAUGCUGUUGAUUCGUGGUUCUUCGGUGGUCAAGCGAAAGUGGUUUGUAAAUGUGAUUCUGAUGAUGAUUUAGAACAAUUACGUCGUCAAGCUAAAUUUAAAGGUUUAACAACUUGUUUAAUACGUGAUGCAGGUCGAACACGUAUUGAUAAUGGCUGCAAAACUGUUCUCGGCAUUGGACCUGCACCUUCACGAUUGAUCAAUGAAAUUACUCGUCAUUUGAAAUUGUAUUGA